AUACUUACAUAUACAUAGUAUGGUUAGUUGAAGUCAGCAUAGUGCUCACACAGCACGUAAGCUUAAAAGAUGUCCACGAACUCAGUUUUAGCAGGGAAGAAUAGUCUCCUGUCUCAGUCUGUGUCAGGUACAGAGAGUUGUGAAGCAGAAAAGUAUCCGUUCAAACGUGAGAUCAGUGUGGCCCACGAUUUCGAAAAGUUCGGGGCGGGGUUUGUGCUCCAUCAAGACCGAUUGUUCGUAGCAUGGGUCGAUAAAUAUCACUCAUCAACGUAUUCAACCGCAUAUAAAGCUGGCCUUGGUUUCGGUGACGAGAUCAUAAGUAUUAAUGGAAUCGUAGCCUGGAAAUUUCAAGGGGAUGUCACUAAAGUGUAUGCUGCGCUAAAUUCUAGGCCAAUACUGUCACUUGAACUCCUUGAAAAUACAAUUUUCACAGAACAUACUCUUACCCUGUAUGCGGAUGACAGUGAGGGGACAACAAGCAGCACCUCUCAGUUCAAAAAGAAAAGGCCGAUAGGUCUCUCUUUUCUCGAAGACGGCACAAUUGCUCGUGUUGAGCCUGGGAGUGCGGCGGCUUUGGCUGGGUUAAUACCUGGCCAGCGAAUCGUCAGAAUUGGUAACCGACAUAUGGUUGGCACUAAAGCCCGCAAUUUGUUAAAGAAAUUAGGUGACUCACAAUACCGUAGUAAAACUUUGGAGGUGCUUAUUGUUGCUGCACCCGGUAAAAUCGUCAACCGCUUGCGCUCCAGUUCUCAGGCCAUAAUGUCUGAGAAGGGCCUGAAAAUGGGGUUGAAUGUAAUUUUGGAUAACAAUUUCAAUGUCAAAUCGUUUGUGGGUGAAUGUGAGACCGCAAAGCAACUCGCUGAGGAACACUUUUAAAGGAAAGAAAGUACAAAUUGAGCAACAACCUAUCGGGUGUACUACUAUAUGGCCCGUCUCACUUUCUGAAAUCCGAAAUUUGUACAAGUUCUGUUCAUGACUAUUCUGCUAUAAUAAACCAUUG